AUGCUUAUUGGCCCAGGACCGAGAGAGGCAGAGGGCGAGCGAAGGCAAACAACCCACAGGGAGAGAGAGAGAGAGAGAGAGGGGGAGGGAAUGAGCCGGACCCCUGCGCCCUGCUCCAUCGAUCCGCAGAGACGCACACAGGAGCUCCUAUCGGACGUUGGCCGCUAUUUCUGAGCUGUUUUAAGGGGGAAUGCCAACAGCGGACUGCACAUCUGGAACAUGAUACUGGGCAAUUUGGUCGUGGUCGUGUUCUGCCUCUGGGGCACUGAGGUCAGCCUUGCUUAUGUGUUUCAAGCCAGUCGGCCGUCAGAGGGAGGAGACAGCAGCCCGACGCACACAAAAGUGGUGUCUGAGUGGGUCAGCUCCGCGGGCUCCUGUAAGGGGAGGUGCUUCGAGCUGGAGGAGGCCAAACCUCCAGGAUGCAGAUGUGACAAUCUGUGUAAAACCUACUACAGCUGCUGCUCCGACUUCGACUUCCACUGCCUGAAAACGGGGGGGGGGUUUGAGUGCACACAGGAUCGAUGUGGAGAGGAGAGGAACGAAGACCACGCCUGUCACUGCUCAGAGGACUGUCUGGAGAAAGGAGACUGCUGCUCCAACUACAAAUCACUGUGCCACGGUGAGACUUCAUGGGUUCAGGAAGACUGUGAGGAGAUCAAAACGGCAGAGUGUCCUGCAGGGUUCAUCCGUCCUCCUCUCAUCAUGCUCUCCGUCGACGGCUUCAGAGCCUCGUACCUGAAGAAAAGCAAAUCUGUCAUCCCCACCUUACAGAAACUCAGGUCAUGUGGAACAUCAGCACCAUACAUGAGACCAGUUUAUCCAUCCAAGACCUUCCCAAAUCUGUACACUCUGGCCACGGGUCUGUACCCAGAGUCCCACGGGAUUGUGGGAAACACCAUGCAUGACCCAGUGUUUAAUGCCACCUUCAGCCUGCGGACCAGAGAGAAACUGAACCACCGCUGGUGGGGGGGGCAGCCGAUCUGGAUCACGGCAGAGAAACAAGGAGUGAAAGCAGGGACGUUCUUCUGGCCUUGGGUCAUUCCUCUGGAGAGGAGGAUUCUAACCAUCCUACGGUGGCUGCAUCUGCCUGACAAUGAACGACCGUAUGUUUACGCUGUGCAUUCAGAGCAGCCGGAUACCUUCGGACAUCGCCUCGGCCCACUUAGCAGCGAGCUGGACAACCCUCUGAGGGAGAUCGAUAACAUCAUCGGUCAGCUGAUGAACGGGCUCAAACAGAUGAAUCUGCAUCGAUGCGUCAACGUCAUCAUCGUAGGGGAUCACGGUAUGGAGGAGGCCCACUGUGAGAGGACAGAGUUUCUCAGCAGCUACCCCCUCAACAUCGAUGAGAUCACGCUGAUUCCCGGAUCUCUGGGCAGAAUACGACCCCGCGACCCCAAAUCCACCACAUAUGACCCUAAAGUAGUGGUGGCAAACCUCACUUGUAAAAUGCCCACGCAGCACUUUAAACCGUACCUGAAGCAGCAUUUACCCAAGCGGCUUCACUACGCCAACAACCGCAGGAUCGAAGACGUGCACCUGCUGAUGGAGAGGAAGUGGCACAUCGCCAAGAAAAUGCCUGAAAAGUUGAGGACACGUUGUGGUUUCUUCGGUGACCACGGCUUCGACAACAAGAUAACCAGCAUGAGGACAAUCUUCAUAGGUCACGGGCCGAGCUUUAAGUUCCAGAAACAAGUGCCAGAGUUUGAAAACAUAGAGUUAUACAACGUCAUGUGUGACCUUUUAGGGCUCAAACCAGCUCCUAAUAAUGGAACCUACGGCAGCCUGAACGACCUGCUGAAGGACCCGCCGUUCACGCCCACCAUGCCCGACGAAGUGACUCCGCCCACACCGCCGCUGGACUCUGAGGUCUCGCUGACCCAUGACCUCGGCUGCAGCUGUGAUGAAGAGAAUAAAGUCGAGGAGAUGCUGGAGCCGUUCAGUCCUGCUCCAGACGGACUCUACAGUUACAACUCCACCCACCUGCCGUUCGGUCGUCCGGCUGUGAUGUUUGACACUCAGUACAGUUUGCUGCAUCAUGUGGAGUUCAUCAGCGGAUACAGUAAAGAGCUGGGGAUGCCUCUGUGGACGUCAUACACACUGCCCAGACAGGAGGACAUGACGCCGGUUCCGGAGGUUUCUGCGGGAGUCCAGUGUGUCCGGGUCGACUCCAGAAUUUCACCCGAACACAGUCAGAGCUGCUCCUUCUACAGCCAGAACAGCCAGGUCACCUAUGGCUUCCUGUUCCCACCAGACAUGGCGUCGUCUCCUGAGUCCAGAUACGACGCUUCGCUCAUCACCAACGCCGUCCCCAUGUACCCGGCCUUUAAGAGGGUUUGGAGUUUCCUGCAGGGGGCGCUGCUGAGGCGAUUCGCUGACGAAAACAACGGCGUCAACAUCCUGGUGGGACCCGUGUUCGAUAACGAUUACGACGGCCUCAGAGACACCACAGACAAGAUCAGAGAGUUUUCUGCUGACGUUCCUCCGAUCCCCACUCACUUCUACACGGUGGUGACGAGCUGUCAGGAGGUGAACCAGACGGUGGAGGAGUGUGACGGAGGCCUCCGGACCUUCUCCUUCCUCCUGCCGCACAGACCCGACAACAGUGAGACAUGCAACAACCUGGAGGAUGAGUCCCAGUGGGUGGAGGACCUCCUGAAGCUCCACACAGCCCGGGUCCGGGACGUGGAGAUCCUGACGGGUUUGGACCUGUACCGCUCCACCAACCUGACCUACACCAGCACCCUGAGCCUCAAAACCCACCUGCACACCUUCGAGAGCGACGACUAGACACACGCACACGCACACACACACACAGGAUGAGUCCUGCCGUUACACCGCUGGCGUUCGACCCGUGGUUUAAUCUGGAAAUGAGAAGAUCCACCAGUUUUAAUUUAGCUCCAAAUCCAAGUAGUUCCAUGGAUUGAACAGGAAGCAGGAGGAGAAGCUCCUCAGGUGAAGGAGCGUUCCACUGUUUUCACCUCCUCAGCUCAUUCAUCUAAAGCCCAGAGUGUCAUUAGGAUCUGUUUAGAGCAGGGGUCUUUCAGGUUCCACAUUCAGCCCAAGUUGAUCUGAACUGGGUUGGACCAGUCAAAUAAUAACAGAAUAACCUAUAGAUAAAGACAACAGCAAAUUUAGGUCUG